AUGAGGUUUUGGAUAUGCAAAGCGAAAGCAAGCUGUUGAAAACGUUGACGGAGAGAGAGACUGAAAUCUUUUAGUCGCUCUCUGGGCCCCAAAAGAUGCUUCACUUCUGAAUAAGAGAAAAUUGUGUUUAGACCUGAAUUGAUGGAUUCAGCAUUUUGCCGGGAGUUUCUGGGGUAAGUUAUAUCAAAGCAAUACAUUCCACUAUUAUUUUCAUCUGAAAAUACUCAACGGAUGCUGAGGCUCACCCUGAAGAACCUGACAGCUUGAACAAAGUUUUGUAUUUUGAGGAUGGGUGCCGCCUUCAAGAAGUUCUGUAUGCGAUUUUGCUGUUGCUGCUGCUGUGAGGAUGACGAGGAGGAAGAAAAGAGACCUUUACUUAGGCCUGUCAUGUCUUCUGUCCCGCAGGGCUACCGGCGUUUGAGCAUCGACAUCGAGGCCAUGAGAGACAUGAGAAGAGAGGUGCGAGAUAAAUGGAAGAUGAUUUUAGAGAAUCUGGGGUUCAUGGCUGAAGCCGAGUCUCUGCUGACCGUGUCUACCAGCGCAUCAAAUGACCGCAUGAGAAACGCAGCGGUCGCCCGCAACCUUCUGCAGACCCUCCACACCGAGACAUCCUUAUUCAACAGCAGAGAGCCUCCACCCGAGAGAUACCUCUUCAUCCUGGACCGGCUAAUUUAUCUGGAUGCUGCUGAGGAUUUUGUGGCAAAGGCUCGACGCUUCUACCCUCCUAAAGAUGAUGAUGAUGAUGAUGAUGAUGAAGAGGAAAACACCAAUCGAAUAAAUCUUCCUCUGCUGCUGUCCCGCAUGAAUCAGAACAUCUCUGGAGGAGAGGACGAGGAUGAUGAGGGCGAGACCACCGGUCCAGAGGAGUGACAAUGAGAUUAGAUUGUGUCGAUGUUUUCAGAAAUCAGCUUGAGGGGUUUUGGAGGUAAAUGGAUUUUGACUGAUGUCAGUUCGGGUCAAGGUGGAUGGGGAUGCGGAAGAUUAAAUGGCGCAAGUUUAAACCAUUUAUUAGACAAAUGCUUUUUUGAGAAAGAGGAGACGGUUUUCAGAAUCAUCAAAAUAGCUGCAGGUCUCACAUUUUAUGUAACUAUGAAUUAUAAGCUCAUUAGAAGAUUCAGGAUUACUGAGGCACGUUGAUAUUGUAAGUCUAAG